UCAUCGCUGCCAGCAAACCGGACCAGACGUCACAUUCCUGCAUUCCCUUUUACCCCUCCGGAUUUUCUACGUUGUCGUUAACCCCAUUGCUAACCGGCUCCCGCUUUUUAUACAUUUCUUUUCUUUUAAACAAACACACUCAUGACGCGGCAGGAUUUAUGCGUGAAAGGUGGUGAACCCGGGUUUUAGAGACACCUCAAUUCGGGAAUAAAUGGCAACGAGAAGGAAUGAGGGGGACAAAGUCAACCCAGCAAUUUUGAACAAUAUCUAAAACUCGGUGACAUCAGAGGCGUCACACCGGUGUGAUGAAACCUGUGUGCAAGGGAAUACCAGAAAUGUCACUUUCGUCUCCUCACUGCCCACCUGCCGCCGUCUCGGUUGUCAUGGAGAGCUCAUCGGUGGCGUCGGCGUCAUCCGAGGCCGGCAGCACACGCUCGCAGGAGAUCGAGGAGCUGGAGCGCUUCAUUGACAGCUACGUGCUGGAGUACCAGGUGCAAGGGCUGCUAGGGGACAAGGGUGACGGAGACUUGGAUCUGGACGAUGGCGGCAAGGUGCCACAGUGGACAGUCAACUGCAAUGACUACAAAGAUGACAGCUGGACAUCAUCACAGGGGAGAAAUUCCUCCAAACCAGAUGAAUGGGAGCACAGCAGUAACGGCAGCUCAAGUUCCAGGCCCAGUUCCGGGUCUAGACCGGGUUCCGGCUCUCGGUCUGGCAGCAGGGGUCGAAACAAUCAGUUCAAAGGGUCCACCAAGAAUGGAAACAAAGAUGUGGCCUUUGACAUCCUGGGCACAGACAUAUGGGCGGCUAACACAAUGGACUCGCGUGGGGGUACAGGUUGGGAUGUGCAGCCGGAGAAGCUUGACUUCAGUCAUUUCCACAGGAAACACACAAGGGCUAUGCCAAAGCACCUGCCGCACAUCGACCGCGAAGGAAUGAGCAAGACUAAGUUUGAGGAAGACGAUGGCUUAGACUUAACUGACAUAGAGAAGUUCCUGCCCCAUCUUUGCUCUGUCUUCCCACCCCUUCCUAAUGAGGCUGAGAUUGCGCACACCAAAAAGCUCUUCCGACGCAAGAGGAACGACCGACGGAGACAACAACGAGCUCAGGGAGGAAGUAAGAACCAGUCUCCAUCACCGCAACACCAGUGGGAUCAGCAGUCACCCAGCCCAACAGAAGCAGGAGACAACAGAAACAACGGCAGGUCGCCUCGCCAGUAUCAAGGCGGACAUGGGCAACGUCAGGGCGGACCCCCGCACGGGUACAACCAGAACCGACGCUGGCAUCCGAAUCAGAAAGGUCCGGGACAACAGAACCCCGCUGGUACAGACAGAGGAGUGCCUCUGAGAGCAACCAAAGAGACAGAGAAUGUAAAAGUCACAAGCGACAAGCACACACGACAGAUGGAGGUGCCUCGGGACUGCGAGAGCCCCGCUGACUUUCCCAAGGCUGAGUCAGCGCUGGACACCAACGCCUUGUCAGACGUGACAGCUGGCAAAGAAAGCCCCGGCUGGCCUGGCCGGGGCCAGUCCAGGGAGCCCCCAAUCAGCUUGCUGCAGUCAUCCAAGGAGAGGCUGCAGAGGAGACUAAAGGACAAGGAGGAGGCGCUGGCGGAGGUGUUGGGCACACCCAGCAUGGACCGCCUGCUGAGACUGCUCAACAGCAUGAGGAGCAACAGCAGCGGCGUGGAAGAGCAGCUGGCCUCCUUCAUGGAGGAGGCGCAGAGUUCAGCGCGCUCCGAAGAAUCCCUGACUCAAGUCGUCGGCACCAUCUACGACAAAGCCGUUUCGGACCGGAGUUUUGCCGCCACCGCCGCCAAGCUGUGUGACAAAAUGGCGCUCUUUAUGGUGGACGGGACCAAGUUCAGGUCCCUGCUUCUCAACUUGUUGCAGAAGGACUUUGUUCGCCGUGAAGAGCUGCAGCGGUCGGACGUGGAGGUGUGGUUGGGGUUCAUCACUUUCCUCUGCGAGGUGUUUGGGACAAUGAGGAGCAGCUCUUGGGAGCCUUUUAGAGUCUUGGUGUGUCCCAUCUACACUUGCCUGCGAGAGCUGCUGCAGUCCAAAGACGUCAAGGACGACGCCGUGCUGUGCUUCUCCAUGGAGCUGCAGAGCGUCGGGCGCCUCUUGGAGGAGCAGCUGCCCGAGAUGAUGACGGAGCUGCUCGCAGCCGUGCGCGACAAGAUGCUAAGUCCGGCCGAGUCGCCCCUAAGCCGCUCGCUCCUAAUGGAGGUAGUGGAGCUCCAUGCCCACCGCUGGAGCCCCCUGGAAGCUCUCACCACUCAGUACUAUAACCGAACCAUCCAUAAACUUACCACCUAGACGUCAUGUUUCUUUCUGGACUCUUGGUAAAGGUGUCUGGGCCACUAGGGGCAGCGUAGGACAGCAGCUUGUCCGUUGGGAGUCGAAAUGUUAAUAGGGGGUGGGGGGGCGCGCUUGUGUCUUCAUUGUCAUCCGCCCCCUCCUCCCAUUCCAUCCUCCAGCCCUCGUGGCUGAUAAAAGACAGAAAAUGGAGGCAGGGAGCAGACAUGGUGCUGUCUGUCUGCGCCGUCUGCGCUCCCCUCCGCAGGGACCCCCGGGUCAGGAGGUCUCGCGGCGGGACUCCAGCACGCCUACAGCAACCCCCCCCCCCACACACACCCUUUGUCUCCCUCCCUUAGCAGGAAGCCUUUUUUGUAGGGAUGAGACAGCGGGCCUGCUGGGCCAGGCUGGGCUCGGGAUAAGGAUCAGGCUGGCUAGAGUAGGGUGGCAGAUGGCGGCUUGAGCCCUUGUGACACACACAUACAAAAACACACAAUCAACACUUAGACACACGUGCACGGCAGCCCGCCACCACGCUCCCCGAUGGAAAAGAGGAAACGAGGGGGGUCGUCAGCAUUAGAGGAGCAUUAAAAAAAACACAUAAUGCCGUUAAACCUUUUGUUUUUGUCUCGCAUGCCGUGCACAUCCACAUUCAAAAUAACCGUUUUUUUAUAUGUAUUUAUUCUAAGCAUUUGAUUUUAAUGUCUUAUUUUUAAAAAAAAGUCUUAGUGACACACUGAAAAGUAAUAAAUGCUAACUUUAUGAGAAAAAAGUUGUGAUAAUAUAAGAAUGAAUUUUGGAAUGGUGCGUAAUUACAAGUUGCAUUUGUUGUAAGAAUAUCGCAAAGUAGUUAUUGUAGGAGACGGAAGUUGUAAAAAGAGAAUCUAUUUGAAAAACUACACAUUAAAUGCUCCAAAAAAAUUAUAAUAGCAAAUUGAGGUUGUAAUAGGAAAGACAUGUUGUAAAGCCACAACAUAAACUUGCAGGCAAAUUUAUAGUCUAAUGAUAUGAAAUGUAGGAAAGUGAGAAAAAUUGAUGCAGAUAAUUGUGUAAAAAGUCAGUGUUUUCAAAA